UUCUGUGUCUGCACUCAGCACUGAUUGUGCUGGGGGGAGCUCCAAGCAAGACCAUUCGUCCCAUCGUCAACGCUGCAAUCCCCUUACAGCUGCAGACGGUCGCUUCCUCGAUCGAUCACUGGAUUUUGUUGACUGUCCAUUUCCGGUUCAGUGAUGAGUGAGUGCUUGCAACUGGCCACUCUGGGCCGGCCUUUCCAGUUGGGAAUGCUGUACGACUGCCGAUCAGAUGCUCUGAUCCCAGGCGUCACCUUGUGGGACUUACAGACACUGCAGAGCAACCUUGAUCGUCGUGACCAGCCCAGCACUGAGUUUCACAUCAUUGCAUCAGACUCCAUGGAGAAGAAAGCCAAUGCCCUCGAUGUGUCAGCAUCACUGAAAGUGAGUUUCCUGGGUGGGUUAGUGGAGGUGAAAGGGUCGGCAAAAUAUCUCAGAGACACGAAGGAAUCAAAGCAACAAGCACGAGUUACCCUUCAGUACAAAGCAACAACCAGGUUUGAACAACUGACAAUGAGUCACUUAGGGAGACAGAAUAUUACCUACCCGAGUGUGUUUGAUGAGGGCUCAGCCACCCAUGUCAUUACAGCAGUGCUGUAUGGGGCCCAGGCCUUCUUUGUGUUUGACCAAAUGGCUUCAUCAACAGAGAAGAUACAGGAUAUUCAGGGUAACAUGGAGGCAACAAUUAAAUGUCUCCCUAUGAUUGCGAUUCAGGGCGAGGCCUCCCUAGAAAUGACAGAAGAACACAAGUCUCAUACCGAGAAAUUUAGCUGCACCUUUUACGGGGACUUCUCGUUGAAGAACAAUCCCACCACCUUCAAAGACGCCAUCAAUAUCUAUGCAACACUUCCAAACCUACUGGGCUCAGAUGGAGAACAUUCAGUGCCCAUCACAGUCUGGCUCUAUCCUCUCAAUAAACUUGACUCGAAAGCUGCCCAGCUGGUGAGGGAGAUCAGCGUGCGACUAGUCAAUCGCUGCCAGGAUGUCCUAGAACAGCUCAAUGAGGCCGUGAUGAGGUGCAAUGACCUGAUGAAAGACAGUGUCGCAGUUCAGUUUCCUGAAAUUAUAAAUAUUAUACUUCGAUUCCAAAAGAUGUGUCUGGAGUACAAAUUAGGUUUCCAGGGGACUAUAUGUAAAGUUUUACCGUCCAUCCGGGGAGGCGGCGAGGAGGAAGUGUUGCUGGUGAAUAUACUGAAGAACAGGGAGCAGUCACCAUUCAAACACCAGGCACUGACCACAUGGCUGGAUGACAAGGCACGGGAGAUGAGGGUUGUGGGACGUUACCUCAGAAUAUUGAAAGAUAUACCAGUUGUGAAAUCAGAGAGUGAGUUAGAUGAAAUGUUUAUGGAUUUAGCAACAGUUUACGUGGUCUGCUUUACAUUUACAAAAUUACAUCAUGAGGAUCUCUACCUGUCAGAGGCAAACAACUACCUCCAAUCUCCCACAGCUCAGAAAAUAGAGACACAACCUCCUGUUGAUGGAGCCUGUACAAAACGACAAAGUGACUCCUGGCUUACCUUGCCAUCUGUGUCCCAGCAGAUGAGGAAGACAUCAGAAUCAUUCCUGGAAUUUGCCACCGCCAAUAUAGCAGAUGGGAAAAUAAAAUUUGCUGUUGGAUCUGUGCGGGAUGACAGCAACAUAGGAGCCUCAAUUUACCUGUAUGAUGGAGGACGUCUGGAGAACCAGUGCUUUGUUCCUCCGUCACAGCCCGAGAUACCUACGUCUAGUAGAACAACACAUGACAGUGUGACUCUGCAGUUACAGCCACCAACAUUUGGUGCCGGUGAGAUUGUGGGCUACAAGGUAGAGUACCGAGGUAGCCAGCAGGAGGAAUGGACAAUUCUGGAUACACCUGAUCAAUGCCACUCCUUCACAAUACCUGGGUUAGAGCCACACCAGGAGUAUCACUUCCGAUACAGAGCAGUGACCAAGGUAGGGGUCAGCAAGGUUAGUGAGAGCUACAGGGGCAUCACCCGGCCAGCAAGUCCACCUGGUAAACCAGUCUUCCAGGAUUGUUCACCCAGCGCAGCACUGCACUGGGACAGACCAGGUCAGAUUGGAGCUGAUGUUAAUAUAUUUCGGUACAGCAUUGAAUAUAGAGAAGAACCGUCAGUUAAUUUAACCAUGAAAGGUGGAUUAUGGGAGGAAGUUAAGACAACAGACACACAAUGCCACUAUUGUUUAGAGGGACUGAAACCCAUGACCGUCUACCGAGUCCGAGUGUCUGCUGACUGUGGUGAAACAGGGUCUAGUGAAGCAAGUGAGGAGGUUUCAAUAAAAAUAGGAAACACACCAAUCAGAAUAGCCCGGAAACUUCGCACAGACACUAAAUUAAUAUCCAAAGGAAACCCUUCCAUUUACAAGCUCAAACUACAGGAGGAGAUAGCUGAUAAAGUCAAACAGCUUGUGAAAUGCUCCUUCGGAAAACCCACCUCAAAACACACAAAGACAAUUAUGGUUCUGGGAGCAACUGGCUCAGGAAAGACAACCCUCAUCAAUGGGAUGAUCAACUACAUCUUGGGCGUGGAAUGGGGAGACAAUUUCAGAUACAAGUUAAUAGCGGAGGAAACAGGAAAAUCCCAGGCUGAGAGUCAGACAUCCUCCAUCACUGCCUACCAGCUCCACCAUCAGAAAGGAUUUAACAUCGAUUACUCUCUGACGAUCAUUGACACACCAGGAUUCGGGGACACCAGGGGCAUCAGCCGGGAUCAACUGAUCACUGAGCAAAUCCGUGAAUUCUUCUCUUCCCCACAGGGUGUUGAUCAGAUUGAUGCCGUGUGUUUUGUUGCUCAAGCCUCCCUGGCUCGCCUGACUCACGCACAGAAAUAUGUCUUUGAUUCGAUUCUUGCUAUUUUUGGCAAAGAUAUUGCAGAAAACAUUCAGAUCCUGGUGACGUUCGCAGACGGACAGCCUCCCCCCAUCCUGAGUGCCCUGAAAUUAGCUGAGGUACCGUGUCCCAAAGACAAGUGUACGGGUCUGCCAGUACACUUCAAGUUUAACAAUUCAGCCAUUUUUGCCCAGCGUCCAACCUCUGGAAACUAUGGCAACGAGUGCAGAUCCCAUGACAGCGGAGUAGGGGGAGGGAACGAUGAUAACUUUGAUGCAAUGUUUUGGAAGAUGGGAGCAAACAGUAUGAAGAAAUUCUUUACAGCUCUGAACACAAUGGAAACCAAAAGUUUGAGUUUAACCAGAGAGGUUCUGAAGGAACGUAAGCAGCUGGAAGUUGCAGUGGUGGGAUUGCAGAAGCUGAUCCGAGCUGGUCUCACCAAACUGGAAGAACUCAGGAAAACGGAACAAGCUCUGAACCAACACCAGACCGAGCUGGAUGCAAAUAAAAACUUUGACUACGAGAUUGAAGUUACACAUCCAGUAAAGGAGGAUAUUAGUGGGACUGGUUAUUAUAUAACCAACUGUCAGAAAUGUUUCUUUACCUGCCACUUUCCCUGCGGCUAUUCUAACGACGAUGAUAAACGUGAAUGUUGUGCAAUGGACCAACAAGGGAACUGUAUGGUCUGUCCACUAAAGUGCAUCUGGAAUGUUCACUUCAACCAAAAGUACAAGUUUGAUUAUGUAACGAAAAAGGAGAAGAAGACAUACAGUGAGCUGAAAGAAAAGUACGAGAAGGCCUAUGGUGCGAAGAUGAGCCAACAGAAUGUUAUGGAAUCACUUAAGCAGGAGUUUGCUGACGUGAAGUACACAGUUCUGGCGCUGAUUGAUCAAUUAUCUGGCAGCAUUAGACGACUUGAAGAAAUAGCUCUGAGGCCAAACCCAUUAUCCACCCCAGCUUACAUUGACCUCAUGAUUCAGUCUGAGAAAGAAGAGGCGAAGCCCGGGUUCAUGGAGCGAAUUCAGACACUGGGGAAAGGAUCAGUACCUUCCAUGUCCUGGACACCAUCACCCGAUGGACAAUGGACCUUCUCCAUGAAGAAGGAGCCUCAGGCCAAAGCCAACCAAAUACCCCCACCUGCACACAAAACCAUCUGCAAGAGGGACCACAGGGCACCAGACAUCUGGGAACUAGAGCUGGGAGACAGCUGCUGA